AUGGCAAAAAUGCUGGCUAACAGAAUGAAGCCGUUAAUGGAGGAUGUAAUAUCUGAGUCACAAAGUGCUUUUAUCCCGGAUAGGCUAAUUACGGAUAAUAUACUUUUAGCUGCGGAAGUGGGGCAUUUUUUGAACAGGAAACAGUGUGGAGUGGGGGGAUGGAGUGCUCUCAAAUUGGACAUGGCAAAGGCAUAUGAUUGUGUAGAAUGGUCAUUCCUUCGUAAAAUGAUGCUGGCUUUGGGCUUUCAUGGUGGCUGGGUGGAAUUGAUUAUGAAGUGUGUGACAUCAGUUUCAUACAAUAUUCAGGCCAAUGUGGAGGAAGCAAAUGAAAUUAAAAGGUGCCUAUCUGUGUACGAGGAUCUAUCUGGGCAGGCGGUUAAUUAUCACAAGUCAAGUAUAUGCUAUAGUAGAAAUACAAGUAGUGUUGACAGGAACAAUGUGGCUCAGAUUUUGGGAGUGACGCAGGCCCCGAAUUUUGGCAAGCAAAGGAUUGGCUCAUGGAAUAAGAAACUGUUGUCGCAGGCAGGUAAGGAGAUUUUAUUGAAAACUGUGGCACAAUCUAUGCCCACGUUUUCAAUGAGUGUUUUCUUGUUACCCAUAUCAGUGUGUACGACGGUGGAAAGAACUAUGAAUCGGUAUUGGUGGGAUUCUGGAACUGACAGACGAAUACAUUGGAAGGCAUGGGACAAGUUGUGUGUCCCUAAGAAGUAUGGGGGUUUGGGGUUCAAGGAUCUGUGUGCGUUUAAUUUAGCAAUGCUGGGAAAACAGGCAUGGCGAAUGUUGACUAAACCUGAAUCUCUAGUGGCACGGGUGUAUAAGGCUCGUUAUUUCCCGAAAGGAACGUUCUUUGAUGCACAAAUGGGAAAUAAUCCCAGCUUCUACUGGCGAAGCAUCAUGGCAGCAAAGAGUAUAGUUUGUGGUGGGGUCAGGCGCAGAAUUGGUAACAGGGAGACUACACUUAUAUGGACCUACCCGUGGUUACAGGAUGAGAAUGACCCUAUGAUACAAACGGAAAUGCCAGUACAGUUGCAGGAAGCCAGAGUGGCAGGGUUGAUUGAUCAACAGACGGGUACUUGGGAUCCCUCAAUCUUAACAGAUUUAUUUCAACCUGAUGAUGUGGCAAAUAUUAUGAGAAUACCCAUCUCCCCGGAUUAUGAUGAUGCCUGGUACUGGCAUGGGGACCCAAGAGACUCUGAUGGGAUGUUAUAUGCAACAGCAAUUCUUUACAAUAUAUGGAGAGCAAGGAACCUGGCGGUUUGGGAGGCGACGUUACCGCGCCCGGAGACUGUGCUAAAAGCCGCCGCUGCCGCCAAGCUAGCGUGGACACGGGCACAUCCACUGCCCAUGACCCGUGCCGCCCAGCUGCUACCCGAGCCGGCCCUGCUGCAGGAGGAUGCCGAACUGCAUGGCAGCGAAGCCUAUGCUGCCGAACCGUCACAUGGACUGCCGAUGAGAAUUUGUCGAGUGGAUGGGGGUUUUAUGCAAGAAACAAGUCGUGCUGCGGUUGGGGCAGUCCUACUCGACACGGAUGGGGGUUAUGUCUCGGCGUACACCGCACCACUCCGGAAUUGCUCCUCACCACUUAUGGCUGAGGCGCUGGCAUGUAAAGAAGCUCUAUCGUGGUUGAAGGAUCGGGGAGAACAGAAUGUUGAGAUAUACACAGAUUGUUUGACACUGCACCACUAUCUUACUACACCAACCGUUGGGUUGCGUACGUAUCUAGGCUAUGCCAUUGAUAGUUGCAGACGUAUUGCAUCUUUGUUUCAGUCUUGUUCGUUUUGUUUUAGUCCUAGAUUAGACAAUUAUCUAGCUCAUGCUUUAGCUACUACGGCUUAUCAACAGUCCGUUCCUAUGUACUGGGAUUUACUCCCACCUGAUAUUAUUUCGGCCUAUUUUUAA